GAUGAGAUGAGUCUCUUAAGUUCAGGAAUGUUUGUCUUUCUCAAGUCUUCAUCAGUGUUCAAGCAUCUUCAUCUUCUCCGUCUUAGCUCAGGUGUGUUUGGGCUCAUUAAUUGGACUCAUGAAAUGCCUUCUUUUGAGCGCAGUCUUUAUUGAUCAGGGAACAUGUGUUGUUUUGAAGCUUCUGCUGGAGCGUUGGAUCCUUCUGAUCUUACUGGCGCUAGAUGCACCGACCUCCACAGAAACCUUCAGCCUCCCUUACCUGAUGCUUAGUCAACAACUUUCUACUGGAAACUUGACGCCACGCUUGCACGAGCUGAUCAGGGUUUACAUGUCGAGUCAGUUAAAUUAGUCUUUCUGAAAGUUAAGUUCACUUUCACUUCAGAGGAUACGAUGCUUGGAACCAUCAGUUACAAAUAUUGGGAUGCUUCCUCCUUGCGGUGGAUGUUUUAUCUCGUUCUGGGGCUUUGCAGUGUAUGAAGCAGAGGGUCGUUCUGAACAGUCGACAGGAGCGCUGUUUGGCUGGAAAGUGGCUACUCAGGUGCUUUAUAAACGCAGACUCUACUCCAUUCACUCUCACAAAUCUUUCUCACAUCCUCAUUGUUGCUGAAAGAUCUAAACAACCGCCAGAAGAUGAACAAGCUGCUGAUCCUGCUGGCUGCCCUGACUUUCUGCUGCUGCAUCACCACUCUGCAUGGGUGCCGCUGCCGCACUGUGGUCAAGACUCGUAUUCCUGCCUAUAUCGUAAAGAAAAUCGAGGUGACCCCCGUGUCGGGACGCUGCCGCUAUGUUGAAGUCCUAAUCUUCACAUGGAGAGGGAGCAAGUUUUGCAUCGACCCAACAGCCAAGUGGUUCCCAGAGUUUAUCCAAACCUUGCAGCAGAAAAAGGCAAAUGUGACCGACUCCAACCCAACCACCCAAGCUACUUCCACGUCUUACAUGGUAACAUCUGAUUAGUUUGUGGCAAAAGUUCAAAUCAAGCAGCAAAUUGACCUUCUGAAAAAGUGUUUACACAAUUGUGCAUCUUUGUCAUUUUUUGAAAUAACCCUGGUUCUGUCAUUAAAAUGUUCUUCUAAGCUAGCAAACGGUUCCAUUGUGAAAUAAAGCUGUUCUGGAGAUUAAAUUUGA